AUGACCAUCUUUGGAUGGGGCCUUGAAAAGUUCAUUCCGGAGGAGCAUUUGAAGCCUGGAGAGCCUCUGCGUUUGACCCCGUCAUCAGUCAGAGAUCGUCCUCAUCUCACUAUUGCAGCUGACGAGGAAAGUGUCGGUUUCAAAGCUGGCUACAACCUGGCCUUCAAUGCAGGCCUCAGGGUGUACAUGGAACCGGAGUACUGUCAUCCAGCGUGGAACAAUUUGAAGAACUCUAUCAAGGUAGCUGGCUUCCAUCCAACACUGUUGAAAGCAACAUUGAUGUCCCAUGUGAAUCACAGUCCAUAUGGAUCUGGAAAGAAUCAACAGACAAAAGAGGAGGUCUGCUGCCACUUAGUGGAAUCUAUGAAAGUUGAGGACUUCCAACGUUUGUGCGAAGACUUGGAGUUUGACCGGGGUCCAUCUGGUGUGCCGGUGCCCACUCGGCCUGAAGAGCUGCUGUCAGAACCAACCAUUGCCAAGAGAGGAAUCUACGCAAAAUACAAGAGCUGGUUCCAGAUUCUCCAAGUGAUGAGGGCCAUCGAUGCAGAUUGGAGCAUUUCUUCCUUGAUCUUGGACGAAGCUCAGGAGAGAACACUGUCAGUCAUGGACUCUAACCGCCUUGACUUCGUGAUUCACCCAGUUCACCCGGUGACGGCUCUGAGAGCGGAAUGGCGAUCCAAGAUGAUCGGGUUGAUCAAGAAGAAGUACACUAAAAGGGGGCAAGAGAUCACGAAGCGCUACCAGAACAUGCGCCAUGGACUACACCACAAGUGCAUUCCUCCCAAAAGAAAGCCAUUGUUUCCGCAAUUUGCUUCACUAGUGGAAGAACAGUCAGUGUCCAUGCUUGGCUUCGAGCUUGACUGUGGAGAACAUGACGAGCUCUCUUGGUUGGACGCCGAUGAAAAGAAAGAAAUCCAAGAGUUCUGGCAACGUGAACGUGAGUGGGACAACGAACGUCAGAAGCGUCUGCAGCUCAAGAACAUCACCAAACCAUGGCACGAGAAGAUUGAUCCGGCUAUGCUUCUGGAAAUGGAGAAAGAAGUUCAGGAGUCAGCUGACCUGGCGCCAGUGGCAGAACUUGCAGAAGCCGAUGGCGAGGCCGAGGGUGGUCGGGUCGCUCCCGAAGCUGCAGAGCCUCAAACCCGGGCUGAGCUUCAGGAACUGCAGGUUGAUUGCAUUCGAUGGCAAGCUGACCGCUCUUCUGGCGCUUUUUACAAGACGAUCCAGGAGACACUGAGCUUGCUUCAUGACAGCGCGACCGUGGAAUUCCUCGGCGUGACACUUGCUGUUCCUACAGAAGGGUGCGAUGAGGCAUGGGUUCACGAGGAAAGGAAGAUCCUACGCAAGUUCCUGACGUUCCUGGUCACGCUCUGUGCUUUCCGAGCAUGGUCCCAGAUGCAGUUCGUGAUGAUGAUGCCCCAGCUGCUGGCAUGCGUGCAUCACCGCACCCACAUUGCCCGCGAUGCUGGUCUUGGACGCGCGCGUGAUCUGGUGAAGGCUGUGCUGGCUGCAGAGCAUGCUGCAUACACAGUGCCCCUGAAAAACAAGAAGUUGCUGUCUGCACUUCAAGGAUUGCUCAAAGACUUGUCAUGGAACGCUUUGCAGCUGGCCAGGGAAGGCAUGGCAAUAUGUCAGCAGUGCGAUUACAACAGGACAGACCCUGAGCUGUGGACCAAGUUUCUCUAUGUUCUGAGCACCCCGGUGGUGGCCACGCUUGGAUGGCCGCAGUUCAGGCUGAAUUGUGGAUCAAUGAUCCACCAUGCCUUGAAAAAGCUCAAGGCAGCAGCAGGAGUUUUCCUCACCCUUGGCUGCGUCUUCUUUCACCUCAAGGAAAAGAAAUACUAUUUCUCUCUUGGCUUCAAAGCCUAUGCUGCGUUGGCGGUACCUAUGAAGCAUGUGAAGGUUGGUGACGAGGAAUACUGCUUCUUUGACUUUGCUGAUUGGACACCUGGGGCGCUUCCACACUGGAUCUUCAACCAUGAUGUGAGUGAAGCGUGUCCUUGGCGGCAUUGUGACUUCAACUUGGUGCAUCAGGUUGCAGGGUCAGAUGAGCUUCGGGAACACUGCUGUGUUUUCAAGCUUGCACAGGGCUAUGAUGACAUCGUCGCAGCAGCUGUUUACAGGGGAGCUUUUCUGAAGCGGACCGAGCUGGAGUUGCUGUGCAAAGCCAAGAAGGCCGAGAAACAACGGAUGGUUGAUGGGAUCAUGAACUCUGCUGGCUCAGUGGUCCCGUGUCCUGACGAGCUGCUUGAUGCCAUUGAUCAGUUAGACCCAGUGAGUCGCGAGGACUUCAAAGACGUGAAAGAAAUCUGCAGAGAGCAGAAAGAGCGACAGAAACGUGUCGUGACACCGACUUUGGAGAAUCCUCAGGAAGAGGUGCCAGCAGCUUCGGUGGAUCCAGCCGUUCCAGCUGAAGCUGAGAGAAAGACAGAAAUUCAACCAAGAGAGAUUCAUACAAAGAGCUCGCCAAAGCUCUACACUCCGGAUGUACUACAGUCUUUGCUUCCUGGGAAGGGCACGCUUUCAGGAGUGACGAUUAAACGACUACCGGGCGCUCGCAAGACCUAUCAAGGCUUCUACCCACCAGGUAAAGCAGGUGAUCGAGCAUCCUUGAGCAGCACCUGGGAUGGUCCCCGGCGAAUGCUCUCAGAGAAGGAAGCCCUUCGUGAGGCGCACUUCUUUGACCCCAUCGGACGUGUUUGUGCACCCGACCAAGUGUCCGGCAGCAUGACGUCGCUCUGGGACCGGAUGCCGCACAGCUCGUACACCGCGGCGGCGGAAGAAAUCCUGCGGAGCGAAGGCGGGGAGAUGCGGAGGGACCCGGGGACGGCGAGCGACGGAACUGCGCGGAAGACCCAAGAGGUGAAGGAAUGCACUUUGCUGGGCUGUUGGACCAGACAGCGUGAUAGUACUACAAAUGAGGAUCUCGGAAAAAGGCUCCUGGUGGCCAGCAGGGGCCUCCGCGGUGACGACGUCUACGUGGAUUCCGUGAAGUGCACCGGGGAGGGUGAACUGCCCAACAAGCCAGCGCCGCGGCAGGUCAGACUCUGGGGCGCUGGGCAGGUGUGCUUCAGUGGCAGUGUUUUGGUGGAAACCUUCAAUAUCCAUGUGACCAGUUAUGAUGGUUUCUCCGGCACCUUUGGCCCGGAAAAGCUGGUCGAAUUGGGACUACCCCGAAUUCGGGGCACCGAGACAAACCGCCCUGAGCCCAGCGAGCAAGCUGGCCAGAUUGGCACGGUGAACCUCCAGGCUGCCGGAUUAACAGCAGCACAGUGUGAUGGUGCAGAGUUCGAGAAUCAGGACUCGCUGAUCGUGAACUUGGUGAAGCCCUUCAAUGUGAGGGUGGUUCUGAACAGUGCUACCUGCCCUGAUGCCGGCAAAGAGGCCAUUCAACUUGGACGUUGGCGUUUGGCAGCAAAUGCUAGCAAGUGUCAUGAGCUCAAUGCAGAGUUGAUUGCUAACACCUCCCAUCCGGAGAUGCAAGACCUGGUAGGGUUCGCCUUGGCCAAGCCGAGCCUUCGGGCUCCGGACGUCUAUGUGGACACGGUGCAAUGCACGGGCUCAGGCUCCUUGCCCACGGAACCCGUAUGCUUUGGCGGCAGCGUUUUGGUGGAGAACUUCAACAUCCAUGUGACCAGCUAUGAUGGCAUAACUUUGUUGGCGUCUAUCGAGAAUACAAGGUACCGACUUGAUCGUAUGCGCACGAAGGUGAGCACGGAUUUGACCCUGUCCUUGAGAGCACCGCCAUCCAUCUCAUCAACGACCAGCUUGUUGGCAAAGGGCCUGAACGAUGGUGCGCUUGGCCGAGAAGCUGGCGGAUUUGGCCCCAAGCUGCAACGUGAGCUUCAGCGCCUCCAGGAACAAAAGCAGUGGAGCACCAAGAAGGAGCAAGCUGUGGGAAAAGGCUUCUUCACUUCUCCACCUAUGUUCACAUCUUCCGGCACCACGAGGAGCAGGACUUGCUCAGCACCAGUGGCCAUCGAGCACGAUCGAGCACGUGUCAAAAAGCCCGGAGUGCGAUCCGGGAGGAGGCCAAGCUGA